AAUUCAAAAGCGCUUCUCCUACUAGCCGUUUACUUUGAAUGCGUCCCCAUUGCGCAUAAAUCCCCUGUUCUCUCGUCCCCUUCCGCAAAACCCUAGCGCCAUGAAUCCAAUUCGAGCCGAGCUUCGCAUGUCCGCGGCGGGGGAAGCGGCUCCGACGACCGAGUCCGCGGCGGAGAUCGCCCCGAUGCUGUUGCGGACUCGGAGCUCAGCGGUGGGCGCCAAAGAUCGCGCCUUUGAGGUGCCCCUCGCCCCCGGAUCGGAUCUUGCUUCUGGGUUCUCGUCGUUGAGCGAUUUGGUUCGGGGAUUUAGGGUUUUCAGGCGGAGCGCCGCCCCCGCGAGGUUCCUCUGCUUCUCCGGCGGCGGGUGGGUCGACAUCGCCCGCCAUGUGUUCGACGUAUUGCGUCAGGGGUUUGUUCGCGGGAGAACGUCGGUCGAAGCUUCGGUUGAUGGGAAGCUGUGUGUGUUCGAUUUCCUCAGGAUGGUUCGGGUCGAAUUGGAGACCGGUGAGGCGAAUUCGAUCGCGUGGAUUGAUGUUGACGGGAAGUGCUUCUUCCCGAGGACGGUGUUGGAUGAUCAGCGGAAAGAUGCCUCCUUUCCCAAGCUAGAGAUUGCAAUAAGAAUCGCCGGUGAUUCUUCAUCGUCGUCGUCGGAUUGUAAUUCCAAGAAGAAGCGAGAUUUUGCAGCGAAUUCCACUCAAGAAUGGUCCGACGAGAGUCCCGAGGCGUCCGCCAUGCUUACCUCAGAAAGAGUAACAAGAUGGACCAAUUUGGAAGCUCUUGAUGGUGGGGAUAGAUACUACAAGGUUGUGGAGAAACUGUUUCUCGCCGGGAUGCGGAGACACGCGCCGAACACCGUCGUGACGUCGAUACGGAAAUGCUCACAUGCCAGCCGCUCGACAAAUUGCCGAUUGAGAGCCUUUCAGUUGCAGACGCAGAUGAUGGGGGCUGUGAGGGGUGAUGGCAAUGUGAAGUUUGGGUGGUUCGGCGGGUCCGCGAGUGAUGUGGCCGCUAUCGCGGCUCACGGGUUCGGAAAGCCAAACAAUGGUUCACUCGGCCCCGAGGCCCAUGGGGUUGGUGUCCACCUAACGCCACCGCAUUCUCCGUAUCGGAGCGCCUUGUUAUCAGAAGCUGACGAGAAAGGCGAGCAGCACAUCGUGCUGUGCCGUGUCCUUAUGGGGAGAACCGAGCAAGUUUCAGAAGGUUCGUCGCAGUUCCAUCCUAGCAGCGACGAGUACGAUAGCGGGGUCGACGACCUUAAAAACCCUAGAUGGUAUAUUGUUUGGAGCACUCACAUGAACACUCACAUACUCCCUGAGUAUGUUGUGACCUAUAGGUCAUCAAACAAACAACAAAGUUCACAGAGGAUAGCAACUACUGAGAGAAAACCUCUUGUGGUUGGUCUUUGCUUCCCUAAGCUAUUUUCAGAGAUUGGGAGUAUUCUUCCAUCAUCAGGAGCACAAAAUUUAGAGAUUUGGUACAAGGAUUUCAAGGAAGGGAAGAUGAGGAAGGACGUGUUCAUCAAAUCCUUGAGGGCCCUCGUCGGCGACAAAGCAUUAGCUUCAUUAAUCAAGAAAAUUCGGGGAUACUAACGAAUAUCUGUUCGAAGGUGAUGCUGUGAUUGCUGUCGCUUCAUUGCACAAGCGGACAGAAAAUUAUAUGUGAAUCUAUUAUCUUCUUCUUGGGGUGUCGUUGUUUUCCUUAUGAAAAAAGGACAAGUGAUCUUCACUUGGAUGAAAUCCAGAAAUUUUGAGUUUCAGCGAAUCAAUUGUCCCUUCUACAUCCCUGAUAGAAGGGUGCAAGAAUUACAAUUACAAGUAGUUGAACUUUAUACAAUGUAAGAAGUGAUGUUGUAUUACAAACGCAGCAAAUUGUAACUCAUGGCCAUUUUGUUGGUUCCAUAAAUGGAUUUAUACGUCGAACAA